CAUACGUAAAAGCAAUCAAUAAAUAUAUUCGAAAAGAUGAUUGGUUCGUAUGGAUUUCAAUGACCAGCGGAGAAUUAUCAAUGCCCAUAUUUCAAUCGCUGGAAUCAUUUUGGCCUGGUCUAUUAGCAUUGACCGGAGAUGUCGAUGAUGCACAGCGAAUAAUUUACCAAUAUAGUCAAGUGAUACGACAGUAUGGAUUUCCACCUGAGUUUUUCAAUCUUCCAAAACAGGAAGCGGUGUCGAAACGUGCUGGUUAUCCUCUAAGACCAGAGUUUGUCGAAAGUUUAUAUUAUAUUUAUCGAGCUACAAAAGAUCCUUUGCUACUAGAGAUUGCUGCUGAAGUGGUUGAUGCUAUUGAGUUCAGUUGCCGUACGAACUGUGGUUAUGCCACAAUUGUAAGUACCGAACAUCAUUCUGUUGAAGACAGGAUGGAAUCAUUUUUCCUUUCGGAGACUACAAAAUAUCUUUAUUUGCUCUUCGAUCCAGACAAUUUCAUCAAUGCUGAUGGAACCACUGCACGAAUCAUUGAAACACCAAAUGGGCAGUGUAUCAUUGAUGCUGGCGGCUACAUAUUCAAUACGGAAGCACAUCCGCUGGAUCCAGCAAUCGUUUAUUGCUGCAGUGCGAAACGUAAUAGAGAUUUGGAAAUGAUAGCACGAUUUGAAAAUAACAUUGAUUUUAUUUCACUGGCGGGAAUUUUUGAUGAAACAUUAUACCCAUUUGGAAGAAGGUCAUACACUGAAAAUGCAUACGGUGUCCGGAAUACCAAUAAGGACGAAAAUUUGCUUAAACAGUCAUUAAUAAAUCCUCGGUUGUAUGACUAUAUUGCUGUAUAUGAUGAUCGUUGCUUGAAUUGCUGUUGGCCCACUGAUUCUAACACUAAAAAUGUUCCAUUCCGGCGUUUUUUUAAUGCAGUGUUUGCUAAGCAUAUUUAUCCUGCAAUGGGUAUUCAGUUCAUUGUUGGAUUAGUCUGUUUACCGACUGGUAAUAGUAUUCCUGAUGGUUUACAUGAAGUUAAUUGGCCUCAUGUGCAUAAAGUAGAUAUCACUCAGAAGUUUGAUUCCAUUGAUGAAAUACGCUUCAACAAGUUUCGUUAUCGAAGUAUGCCUGAAUUAGGCUACGAUAUACUCCUAACAUCACCACUUUCUUAUCUUUCAAGGUUUACAGGAUUAGGACAGGUGAAACCUAAACCCGAUGAUAUAUGA